AUGUUCCUUUGGCCGCCAGCUGACCUGAAAUUCCUCGAUAAUAUCGAGCUCUUCUGGACUCCAUAUACAGUGACUUCGGUCAUGGCCGUUUGUGCGGGCCACGCUCAGGUGAAAUUUUCUCCAGAAAUAAAAAUUGAUCAAUUUGAUAUCAAAUUAUGUAAAAUUUUCACACUUUAUUGAUUAUAGGUCAAGUGGGAAGCCGCUGAAGAACUUGACCCGACUGUAAGAGUUAGCGAAGCAACUGCUCAACUUAUUUUCAAUAAUUACCGAGGGAAAACUCCACUUUUUCACAGUGGGAGAUCAUUUUCUGUUUGUAAAUUCUUUGCUGUGUUCGCAGUAUUUUCAAAAUCCGUUCAAAAUCAUUCUGCGAAAUAUAGUCUGUUCAGAUUUUGAAUGUCAAGUCGUCGCUCAAGCUCCGCCCCUAAUGGUGCGAUAAGUCAAUCAGAGAGCGAGCCAUCCACAGAGUGAUUUUCAAUGACGUCAUUGCACUUGACAUUAAAAAUUUGAACAGACUAUAUGCAAAAUUGGAAUUUUGGUGAGAAAAAUCGUGUCCUACAACGAGAUAGCGACUUUUACACGCGAAAUUGCCAUUUUUGAAUGAAUCAAGCAUUUUUUUUUUUCCAACGGAAGAUCGCGCGUAAAAGUUUUCAAAUCGCGAAUUAUCGUUUUGGGACCCAUGAUAAAGGCUCUCGAAAUUCUAAUUUUUUCCCUUUUUGCGAAAUAUUUCAUAAGAAUAACGCGCAAUUUCGAAACAGCUUUGAACAGGGCGCUUGCUUAGGUGUUUUAAAGACGCAGAAGUCUGAAAAAGAUUUAAAACAUUCACCCCGCGACCUUUAUGAUCUUUCAAAAACCUUCUGAACGAAAUUAAUUUUUUAAAAUUCUGAUCUGUGAGCUUUUUCCAGCUUGGUUUUGUUUCGAAGAGCUGAAAUAUAUGGCUGUGCAAGUUCAUUUGCUUGAAUGGAGGUGGCACAGAACUGCUGGGCGAGCGAAUGCUGAGCGGAUUCCGAGGGAUCCGAUCAUCCCUGUUAGCUUGUUUGGAUUCGAAAAAUGAAUAAAACCUUUUAAAACUUGAGGUUGGUCCUAGAGGCCAAUUUUUGGAGUACAAUCGGACGACGAAGACGCUUGUGGGAAGGGUGGAUGGAAUCGAGAUUUCGUUCGAUGAACUUCUCGAAAAAUACAAGGAUCCGUAUAAAGAUGUCAGUUUCAAAAAGAAAAGUUGGAAGGGCCAGUUUUGGAAUUUCGCGAAUUUUUCCAAUCAUUCCGGUCCGAAAGUCUGCUCGAAUUAUGAAUGUCAAGCGGCUAACUGUGCCUUCUGUGGCUACAGUAUUUUUCGCGUCGAAUUUUUUUUAUCGCGCCUGACGAUGAUCCUUUAAUAGCCGAAUUGAAAAAAAAAAAUUUUUUUCACUCAAAAGAUCGGGGAAGAAUCAAAAUUUCUGUGCCUUUAGUACCCUCCCCGUCGAUGUUUCAUGCGCGUGACAAUGCUCCUUUAAUAGCGCUAAUUUUUUUUAUCUUUUAGCCAAAAGUCAAAAAAUUCUUUGGCUACAGUAUAUUCAUGUUUUAUCACAACUGACUAUGAUCCUUUAAUAGCGUUGAAUUUUUUUAAGUCUUUCGAUAGAGUAAGAUCAAAAAAAGUAGCGCUAUUAAAGGACCAUCGUCACAAAAUUUCGACGCGUAAAGAUAUUGUAACUACGGGGGGGCCGCUUGAAAUUAAAAAUCUCAACAGAUUGGUGUUUUAAAAUAUCGAUUUGCUUUGAAUUUUCACUCAGGCAACUAUGCUACAAGCCAUGUUUGAAAAAAUUUCCGAACUUCACCUUUUUGAAUUUUUCUAAACAGAAAAAAAAUUCAGAUUGAGCUGUACAUUUCCAUCUUCAAGUCGCUCGAUUUCCCAGUGCAACGCAGAAAAAAUGGCGAAUUGGCCGUCGAUUCGAAGCUUUUCGCCGUCAGUCUGACGCCAAAAGUCUCGGAGAUCCCGCAGUUACUCGUCCGAGACAUCGCCUACUGCAUCAUUGAUAACGCCGGACCGACUGUUCCCCUUGCCUUCGCCGGGAAUAUGCUCUUCUACGUCACGAUCGAAGUCGAAACUGUUCGCUUCUCUCUUGUUUUCUGUCCUUUUAUAGCCGAUUCACGGCUGGAUCUAGCCAUUGAAAAAAGGGUCCUGACACGAUAUGAAAAGAAAUAGUGCCUUGUUAGUGGAGAGCGCAGACAGGCCACACCCUUUAGCGUCCCAAGCUAGCCGUAAAUCGGUAUAGCCCAUUCCGCGCCAGCUUGUAACGAUUUUUGUUUCCUUCCGAGCUACAGUACCCUUCCCCGGUCUGUUUUUGUGUAUGCGCCUUUAAUAAAAGAGAGUUUUAAGCUUAACAUCCUUUAAACUUCCCUUCAAUGCGCGCGGAUCGUCUCUGUGCAUGUUUAAAACUUUAAAACUGGAACUGUAGGUUAAUUAAAGGCGCAUACGCAAAAUCAGGCCGAGCGCAUCGAAGGGAACCUCCCACAAGGGUUUUGUAGCUCGGAUCACGAAACCCUUCCGCUAUACUCAAGGGUACCCUUUGAUGCGCUUUGCCUGUCUCUGAGUAUGUCCCUUUAAAACGGGAGUUUCAGACUAAUUAAAGGCGCAUGACGGGGAAAGGCUUUGCGCAUCGAAGGGAUGCGUUCCGGGAGGGUUCGUAGGUCUGAGAAAAAUAAUAUUUACCGUCUUUGCCUCAUGAAAUCCUCGGAAAUUAUUCCAGAAACAAGACUUUGAAUUCUGCCGAAAUAUCCAGAGCUCAAGAGAGUUCGCCCUGAAACACAUGGCCAACAUCUACGGCUGGAGCUUGGAGAAGCUCAGAAAACUGGCCGACGAUUUUCCGCCGACUUUUCAUCACAAAUACGUCCUUCCGUCUGAUGUUAUGCUUUCCCUGAGCGAACUGUUAGAAGAUCCAACGAGUCAGUUUGAAAUUGGGAGAAUUGACAAGUAAAAAUUGAAGUUUCAAUGAGGAAAAGAAGGCUUGUAGUGGAAAUUUGAAGUUUACUUGAAGUUACUCGAAAAUUUUAAAGGUUCAACUUGUGAAUCUGGUCCAAAAUUUUGGGCUGGGUAGUGCUCAAGUCAAAAAAAAUGGUCAGAGAAAAAGUGGAAAAAAAUUUUUUAGUUACUCGGAAGAAAUUGAAAACUACUCUUAUCGAAUUUUUUUUUUUUGAAAUGUAGUUGAGCAAGUUCUAAUUAACGUUUUUGUAGAUUUUUUACUUUUAGAAAUUUUACCUAUCCUCCCAAGUUUUCUCGGAAAGUCGCUUCAAAGUCGGGCGCACUUUUUUUUUAGUAAAUUUGUAGAAAAAAAAAUUAUGAGCUUUCAAAGAACCCCAAUUCAAUAAAAGUUUGACAUUUCAGGAAAACCAGAGUGUUCCCUAUAGGGGCCACCUAAAUUUUACCCUAGACGGACCAAUUUUUUCUUUAUAGAGACUUUUCUCUCCGUUAACCCCUAUAGCGACCCCUCCGACGUUGCUAAAUUUCUUGUGGGAAAAUAUCGAAUAAUUUUUCAGUUAUCAAGGAUCCAAAGCGAUACAAGGAAAAUCUGGAUAAGCUUGGUUAUUCAUAUUCGUAAGUUUUUUUCAAUCAAAAAAAAUAAAAAAAUAAAAAAAUAUUCAGGCUUCCGUCAAAACCAACAGAAUCUGUGCAAGAAAAAGUGCAUUUAUCAAGCUGAAAUUCGAUUUUUUUCUCAUUUUUUUCAGAAAAAGAGAAUCCCACAAAAUGUGCUUCUUGUUUGAAAGAAAAUAUUUCGAAAGCCGGUUUUUGUGAAGGUUUUAUUCUUUUUUUCGAAAAAAAUAAAAAGCGACUUUUUCAGGCCGUUUGCUUUGGAAAGCCUCCGUGUGAAUUGAUUCUCCACGAAAAAAAUGUUUCGUGAAAUCUCUUGGAAUCCAGAAAUUGGAAGAUUUAAACGCAGAAGAAGCCUGUUUUUUUCAUAUUUCCUCCAAGAAAAACCUUGAAAAAUCAUAUUUCUAGUCCAUUUUAGGAUUGGAAAUGUCCAUCCGAGUUUUGCGAUCGAUAUAUUCAAUGGUGUUUUAUCAUGGAAAAGGAGGAGAGUGAUGGAAAAGUUAAAUUUCUUUUUUUCCUGAGAAAAAGAAGCUUUCCAGCAAAUUCUCUCGAAAGAAGUUGAUCCAGAGACGAGAAAACUCGGCCAAAAGAAGCCCAAGAAGAAAAGGCAUCCGAAAAAGUCGAGACAGGAGUCUUCAAACGGUUUUUUAAUCCUUUGAGGGGAAAAUUAAGCUUUUUGAUACAGAUCUUGAUCCUGUGAAUGAGACAAAGGCGGACCCGGUAAGUUUAAAAUAAACUUCAGAAAUAAUAAAAAAAGAUUGUGUAGAACAAAGAUUUCAAUGUGAAUUUAGGUCCAUAAUUCUUCAAAAAAACCGUUAAAAUCGAAAAUCUGAUAUUUUUGAUUCGAUAUAAAUAUGCUUCAUGUUAGAAAUUCUUCCGCUAUAUUCAAAUUAGCCAGAAAAGAGUGGAAAAGAUAACUAAAUUUCAGAGAGUCAGAGAAAACUUCGAAUUUCACGUGAAUCCCAUUCAGUUAAAAAUCAACCCAGUCUUAUAAAAAUGAAAAAAAUUUCACGAAAAGUCUUUAAAAAUAACCAGAUGUCCGAUAUUUGUCCUCCUGAUUGCUCAGAAAACAUUAAAAAAACUGCGAGUUGAUUAAAAAAACCAGAUAAAAUAGAACUUUUUUUAGCUGCCCCAUGGCGGUUUGCCGGGUCAAGUCGUCGAUGUUCAUGUGAAUCCGGAAAAAGAUGCUGAAGAAUCCGCUUCGAAACACUCCGAAAUGUGUGGAAUCUCAUUUUUCUUAUUUCUAUAUAGAAAAAAGAAUAUUAUAAAGAAUGAUAUUUUAUUAAAAGAAAAAGUCGAAGAAUUGAAAUGUGAUCUCCUGCAAGAAAUCUAUUCAUUUUUUACUUGUUGAGAAUUUUUUCCCUGAAUGGAACAGAGCUUUGUAUUCGCAAAAAAAAUCAAUUUAAAAAAGUAAAAAAAAUGUGUCUGGCGCCUAGAUACCUCCACGUUUUAUGUGAUCUCUCGUCGUUCCAACAGGGCGCGUGUGCUUUUUCAUUGUCAUUCUUUUUAAAAUCUUCUCGAAAGUUUUUUGUUUUUGAUCUCCACCGCUACGUCACUCGGAGCGAUUUUGGAGUAAAUGUCAUGUAGGCCAUUCCGCGCCAGCUUGUCACGUUUUUCUUUCCGCCAGAAGGACCAGGUCAAAUUUAACCAACUUCGCUUCAAGACCUUUGUUUCUUGCCGUUAUAAAAGCAGAAAUUUGAUCUAAUUUGGUGUACGGUCUUUUUGGCGGAAAGAAAAACGUGACAAGCUGGCGCGGAAUAGGCUAUAUGGGUUUUUGUGAAUUUGAACCGCGCGUGCAGUUUUUUUUUAACCGAGGGGUCAAACAGAAGAUUUUGUGUAAUGUUCUUUCAAAGGCGAAAGUGUUUGUAACUCAUUUUUCAAUUUUUUCAAAGUUCCGCGCGAGACAGUUACAUUUUAAAAGAAGAGAAGAAAAACAUUUACCGUAAAAACAGCUUUUCGCGCUUCCGCUCUACAAAACUGCAAAAAAAAAACAGAGGUCUUGAAGCGAAGUUGGUCAAAUUUGGUAUACGGUUUUUUGGAAGAAAGCCGGCGCAGAACGGGGUUUCUCUUUAUCUUUUCUUCCAAAAAAAGAAUAAAUCAUUUUUUUUUCCAACUAUUUUGCGGAAUAUUUUUAAAAAAAGUAUUUUGUUGUAUUAUUUUCAAUUUCUAUUUUCAGCUCACGACCUGAUUUUCCUGAUAGUAAGCCGCUUUUGAAAGGCGAAGGUUCCCAUGAGCCAUUGAAAACGGUUCGUUCAGUUAUUCGUUUAUUCCCGAUUGAUUUUUUUUAAAUUUGUAGGACUCUGAAAAGAUGUCGACCUUCAAUAGAGGAUCUUUCGAUACAAAUGUCCCUCAAUCAGAGUUCGUUUUUUCUUCUUUAAAAAAAUGAACUUAAAGAGAAACCUUAUUUCUAGGUGCUUUUACCUGGACGCCGGAGAUUAUUCAGAGAAGCUUCAAGAAGGCGAACAAGUCUUUUCCAAUCAGAUGGACAAUUCGGUAAACCUAAAAUCAAUUGAUUUUUUUUUUUCAAAAAACGUCAAUUUCAGAUCUCCACCGGCGAUUCCUAUCGAAGCGACCUUCACAAUCAGAAAGUCCUCGGAAGUUUGGGAUUUUUCACGAAUUCCGAGUGAAUUUUUCUAGUUUUUUCGAAAUAAAUUGAUUUUUUGAGACUUGGAGACGUCCUGAGCGACGAGGCGUACGCAGAGGCGCUGGCCGAACAAAUCGAAUUCGACAAUUUCCCCAAAUUGGUUGAUAUUCUUGUGUUCGAUAAAGUUGCAACAUGUUUCUUUCAGACUGGAGAAGUUCCAACAACACCCGCAAUCCCCUUGACCGAAGAUUUUUUCAAAAAACCGACAGAUGAGGCCAGAAUAUUGAAGGAGAUUGACGAGUUCGCGGCGAGAAUCGAGCCUUUUUUGGAGUUUAUUUUCUGUUUUUGUUUUUUCGAAUUUUGUGUCGUUUCUUGCAGAUUAUGCUCAAUUUCCUCGGAUUUUAGGAAAAUAUCAAUUUUUUUUUGGCAGUUUAAAGACGCAUAGCUGAAAUUUACGAGGGCCUUGAGGCGAAAAAUAGUUUUUAUCUUGGUUUUUUGCAUGUUAAUGUUUUUUUCGCGUUAUUUUUAUAGAAUACGCUUAAAGUUUUUUUUUCUGGUUUUUGAGGUAAUAUAUUUUUUGAUUUUAAAGGCGCAUAGCCGAAUUUUAGCAGGGGUCUUGAGACGAAAAACCGUGUUAGCGUUAUUUUGAGGCAAGAAAGGCUUGUGUGCUUAAAAUAAACUCACACAUAGGUUUCGAACAAUAAAAUUUAAUAAUUUUUUUCUUUUUAAAAAGCUAACAUUUUUCGUUAAAAAAAUUCCCUAUUAUGCUGACAGAAUAUUCCGAAAUUUGACUUAAUGGAAAAAAACACUCGUUUUUUUAAAAUUUCUAGAGGAAAGAUUUUUGUGAAAAAAAUCCUGUGAAAAAAAUUCUACUCAUAUAAACCUAACAGAAUUUUCAAAAGUUCGACUUUUAAUUUGAAAAAAAACUUCCAAUUUACCAUUUUCAGAGAAAUCGCGACGAAUUUACCCCAAGCGAUACGUCCAUUGAAAGAGUUUUUCGAUGUCGCCGGAUAUUUUCACGAUAAUCAGAAACGGGACCAGUUUUGUCAGAAUACGGUAAGGAAAUUUUGACUUGUGCGUUCAACGCAGGCACAGUGUUCCUAAACGGGCGAGGGCAGGCAAAAAAAAAAAAGGUCGUGAAUAAAUGGCGACGCGAGUUCCUUCCAACGCGACGCGGUGCGGCGCGUGCCAACAUCACAAAGUUUCCAUAUAAAAAUGAUGUUCAUCGUAAUAACUUUCCCGAACAUUUAAUUAGUUUUCAAAGUCGCGAACAGACUUACUUAAGAGAAGGGUUUUGAGAUUUCUCUCAAUUCCCCCUUCGAAAUUUGAUUUGACGAAUUUCCCUCGAAAGCGACAUUUUCGGAGAUAUUUCGUCUCUUUUUUCAUUGAAAUGAACUUUUUGACUAUCAAUAAAUAUCAAAACCCUUCCAAAAUUUGCGAAAACCUACAAAAAACAUCAUUUAGCAGUCUUUUCCCAACUACUAAAACUACAAAACUUGACUCUCAUCCCCACGCCCCUAUUGCAUUUAACCGUGCCGCUGUUGCAAUAAGCGACGCCUACUGAACACAGCUGCCGCCCGUUUGGGAACACUUCGACGCCAUUAAAAAAAAAAGAUGCUUCGAAUAAAGUUAAAGUUUCUUUUUAGUUGAUGGAAGGUCCCAACGCGCAUUUGACCCACUUUGCCAAUAUCGAGCCGAUCAAGCCUCGAUUCAAAUUCCAAAUCCGGUCCGAUGGCCGAUUCUUCAGAAAGGUUCAUUUUUGAUUCAUUUUACGGAAAAACGAUUCAUUUCCAGGUUAACAAAAUGGCUGAGCCACCGAAAACCGGGAAAUCUACCGUCGAAGACCCGAAAACGAUGUGAAUACUUUUGAUUCUGUGUUUGAAUUCAAGUUUGCCUGUAAAUUGAGGAUAUAGAAAAUAAAUUUCAAGCUUUUCUUUUUGAAGCAAGGUACAGUGUGAAUGAAGUAAGCCACGAAACAGGUUGAAAUUCAUUUUUUUUUUUGAGAAUUUGCCGAAAUUCCAGUAUUUCGAAAUGUCUGGAUUCCAAAGUAAGGAUUUUUUUUUUCGAUUUAUGUUGGAUUUUAGACAAGUUAUUAAGCUUAAAACUUGAAAUUUGUGAAGUAAAAACGAAUUUUGAUUUCUUUUAGUCGUUAUAAACCAACCAAAAUGCGAAAAAUUGGGCUUUUAUUUAAAUUUCGAUGCCUCAAAGACAAAAACCAGUAAAUGUUCAAAAGUUGCCUUUUUUUCGGAAGAGAACCUGUAUAAAUUUUUCAUUUUUUUCCUUUUUUCAUGUUAAAGGUCAGUACUAAUUCUCAAGAAAAAGUCUAAAAACGUUUUUUUAUUCAAAUCCACAAAUUUUUAUGAAAUAUUGAUUUUGAUCGGAUUUCGUUUCUUCAGCGUUGACAAUACGGUGGACGAUCUUCAAAAAAGCCUUGAAUUGGAAUCAGAAAGUUGCGUUGCCAGGUGAGAAAAAAAGAAAAAAAACUAGUUGAAGCUAUUUUUUUUAGUGUUGAACAAGCGCGAUCGGACCAGGAAAAUAAGGAGAAUUGGACGUUUUCGAGCGAUCUUGAAGAGUUUGUUAUAGCUAAUUCUUCCCGAGUAGACGCGUUGCGUGUGCGACGCGGCUAUCUGGCGGCAAACUUGAAUUCAAACGCGAGCCACGUUUUUUUGAAGUGUUUUUUUCGAAUCUGCCUACCUCGCCUUUCAUGAAAAAAAUUGAUCAUUUUUUUCUAUAGUUUUUUUGUUGAAUUUUUUUCAAAGUUCAAAUUCAAGAAACGCCGUUUUUUUGUGAAUAUUUUUUUGGGCUGUUUUUUCGCCUAGAGACCUUUUCCUCAAAAAAUCCAUAACCUGUUCAAAAAUUCUUGUUGGGAAUAUUUUAAAGGAGCAUUGGGAUUUUUGCAUAAAUGUCUCGAGGCAAAGAACCUUUUUUUCUUUUUUUGCGUAAUUCUCUCUAGAUAACGGAUUUUCUUGUUUAAAAACCCAGCAUUAUCCCUAACCUGUUCAAAAUUUCUUGUCAGUAAUAUUUUAAAGGAGCAUGGGAUUCUUUUCAAAAAGGUAUCGAGGCGAGAACCUCUUUUUUUAAAGUUUUUUGGGUUUAUCUUUGCUUAGAAACCUUUUUUUCUCCUUUAAAUGAUUAUUAUGUGCGAAAUGUUUAAAGGAGCAUCGGUUAAUUUCAUAAAUGCCUCAAGACGAGAGCUGUUUUUAGUGUUUUCUUACGGUACCUUUGCCUAGAGACCUCUCCACUUAACUUCUCAAAUAGCUCGUUUUAAAAAAAUUUUUUUAUUUAUGAAAAAAAUAAAUUCAAAAAAAUUCUUUGGAAAAAAAUUUUUUAAAGGAUUCCACAAUGGUCUCGAGAGGAAGAUCUUUUUUUUGUUAUUUUUUUAUUUUUGUUUUUUUGAGUUUAUUAGCAUCUCAGUAAGGGCUUUUUGAACAAACUAUUUUUGUUUUUAUGAGAGAAACGAUUUAGAAAAAAAUUGAUUUUUUUAGUGCGUUGCAAGCGUCGUUGCCGGAAGGUACCGAGCUUUCGAGGCGUCUGAAAAAAAUCGUAAUCAUCCGAUUCAUUUUGAUUGAAAAAAAGAAAUAUUUUUAAUUUUUCAGCUCUGGAGAUGAUAAUAUCGAUCUUGUACAGUUCAAUAAGGAGCCUGAUAGGAGAGAAUCUGCAUCAGAAUUGGAAAACAUGUAUAUUUUUUCAAAUAUCCGGGAAAAAGCCUAGUGGCUGCUUAAGAGGUCACUCAAGGGCUACUUGGAAAAGUCACUAAAGUGGCCACUAAACCAUCUUUAUAGGAUCCAUUAUUUUGCGUCUUAGUGGCCACUAUAGUGAUUUUAGCGGUCUAGGGACCAUUUAGACUUGUCAAAAGGCCACUGAUUUUUAGUCACUUGAGUGGCCACUAUUCCGACCACAAUAGGGGGCCCUUAAACGUCAAAAACCUUAAGUGGCCACUAGAAAUUUCUCCAGAUGAUUAAAAAAGGGAAUUUUUCAAUUUCAGCGAGGAGAAUUUUACGCUCAGUUCCGAGAUGAUUUCAAGGUGGAUCUUUGGAAAAAUGAUAUAAUUUCAUUCUUUUCAGUAUCGAAAACUUCUCCGAAGGAGAAAAUUAUCCGGAUCAUGGUUCUAUAAAACCGAUCGCAGUUUUUGGAACGAUGUAAGUUUGAAAAUCGAAUAAAUUUAAUGAAAAAGAAUGCAUUCAAAGUUAACUUAGAAAUAAUUCAUUUUUUUUUCACUUGAGUCAGAAAGUUAUCCCUCAGCAAGUAUUUCUGAAUUAAAUAAACCCCAGAGAGUUCCCUAGAGAGGCAAUUUAAAGCUGAUUCACGGCUGUCUUAAGACAUGAAAAAAGGGUCCUGACACGAUGCCCAAACAGGCCACUCCCCUUUGAAGGGGUCCUACCACGAUUAAAAGAGAGACAGUGCCUGGUUAGUGGAGAGCGCAGACAGGCCACGCCUUUUUGCGUCCCAAGCUAGCCGUGAAUAAGCUAUAGCAGCUCUUGAAGGUUUCCGUCUCGAACCCACCUUACCUCCUUCUACAGAGGUAUUAAAGCUUCCAAAAGUGACCGCUGUAGGGGAUCUAGUUAGUGGCUACUCCAGUAGAACAUGCUAGUGAUCCCUCGAGGCAUGCUUCCCCUAGUGUGGCCACUUUUGAAGUCCUAAGUGUCCCCUAUAGAAAAAGAAAAUGGUCCCUGGAGGGAACCCUUCGAUACUCCUCUAGGGACCACUCUGGCGUUGCGAAGAGAGAGGAAAAUUACCCUUUUUUCAGUGCUCAAGACGCUCUUGAUGAGAAAAUGUCAAGCGAAGACUUUGCCACGGGAACGCAAGAGUUGAUAGCAGCGAUGAGAUCGAUGUGGGUUUCAAAGGAAACGGCGAAAAUCGUAGAUUUUGCUGAAAAUUCUGGAAAUGCUGAGCGUAGUUUUGAAGUGCUUCUAACUCUGAAUAUUCAUGAAUUUUGGUCUGAUUGUCCUUUUUUUUCUAGAAAAAAUGUGAAAAACACGGCUUUUUUUCCGUUUCGAGACCGCUUGUCCCAAUAGAAAAUAGAAGUGGUCACUCUAGGGGAGCAUUUCGUCUUUAAUGAUCACUAAAAAGACUUAAUUUGACGUCGAUGCAGGUCAAUAUUCCAUAAAAAAAAGUGAAAAUUGGCCGGAAAAUAUAUCGAGGAACUCCAGAGUGGCCCCUAGAGGGUUUUCUUGUCUUGUUUUGGCUGAAUUUUAGGCCAAAUUUCAGUCGAUUUUCCAAUUUUUUCCGAUAAAAUCAGUGAGAAUAACGAUAAUUUACAGCUAGAGCACAUUUCGGAAAAAAAAGAACCUAUAUAGUCUGUUCAGAUUUUUAAUGUCAAGUGCAAUGACGUCAUUCGAAAAUGCUCUGUGGAUGGCUGGCUCUCUGAUUGGUUUAUCGUACCAUUAUGGGCGGGACUUGAGCGACGAUUUGACAUUCAAAAUCUGAACAGACUAUAGCUGAUUCACGGCUGGCUUGAGCCAUCGAGAAAAGGGUCCUGCCACGAAAAGAGACGAGACAUUGCCUGGUUGGUGGAGAGUGCAGACAGGCCACGCUUUUUCGCUUCCCAAGCUGGCCGUGAAUCGUCUAUAAAAAAUGAAUUUUAAAAAUUUUACGAGCUUGCUCAUACUAGCCACUUUUUUCAUUUAUUUUUUUCGAGGGAUUAUAGAGGUGUCCCUAUAGGGUUCUGUUGUUUAAGGGGAGCUCCGCCCCUAAUGAUGCGAUAAACCAAUUAGAGAGCGAGCCAUCCACAGAGUGUUUUUGAAUGACGUCAUUGCACUUGACAUUAAGAAUCUGAACAGACUAUAGUGCUUUCUGAAUCCAUAAAAAAACAAAACGCUUUAGGGGUCCCUAUAGGGAAAAGGUAGGAAUCUCUAAAGGGUUUUGUUGUUUCAAGAACCACUGUAGGGGCAUUUUUAAGGCCCCUCUAAAGGUCAAAAUUUCAGUGACCUCUAUAGGGCAAAGACCAAAGCUUCAGGGCAAUUCAUAGGCAGAGCGUAGAGAUGUUACAAUCCCUAUAGAGAACACUCCCCAACUAUUUCGGUUGUUUCUAUAAGAUUAAUUUUAGAGUAGAAGAUCCCGAAGUCCUGUCGAUGGCGUCUGAGAACAUUCCGAGGUAAGGAAACGGGAAUUUUAACGGAGAAUACUCAAAUUUUCAGCUCCGAAAGGGUCAUGGAGAGAAAAUGCUUUUAUCAAAGGCUCGCCGAAGAAACGAAAGCAAAGGAAAAAUGGUAGGAAUUUAUUGAGAUUUUGAACGCCAAGCUCCGCCCCUUAUGGCGCGAUUAACCAAUCAGAGAGCGAGCCAUUCAUAGAGCGUUUUUAAAUGACGUCAUUGAAAUUUGAAUAGAAAGAAAUCAGAAGGAGUCCUUAUAAGGACAAUCUUAAGGGUCCCCUCUAGGGUGCACUUUAACUUUUUUGUGGCUUUUUUAAGAGGCCCCUUUAGGGGAAAUUCCAGUCAAUUAUGGUGAGGGACUCAUGCGAAAAGUUCAAUAAAUUAGCUUUUUCGAAUGAAAAAAGGAUUAGUCGAUCAAGUUUUGUUUAAAAAAAGUCCUAAAGAAUUUCAGAGGGGCCUCUAUAGGGUUUUGUUAUUUUGGGGACCACUCUAGGGGCAAAAUGAUCAACUUUUAUCGAAUACGUCUUUCUAAUUUCAUAAUCAUAACAAAAAAAAAUAGAAAAAUCACUUUAGGGACCACUUGAGAUUUUAAAAGGGCUUUAAGGUCAAACUUGAUCCCCUAUAGCGAGCCCUUUUUCAGCCCCUAUGUAGGCCGUUUUGCUUCUAACCCCUACAGGAACCACUCUGACGUCCCUACUGUGAAAAUUUUUAGUGGCCACUAAAGGGAUUUGACGUUUUAGUGGCCACUUCAGUAGUCAAAUUAGUGAGCACUUAAGGGGUUAAAAAUUAGUGGCCACUGUAGAGGUCAAAGAAUCAACAUAACUGGUCCAAUCUGUUUUUUUUUCGAUUCAUCAGAGUUACUGGAAAAAAUACUGGAUGAAAAACUACUUAAGUGGCCACUAAGCAGAGAAUCUCUAUAGUGGCCACUAAAAAUUUUCCCAAUAAGUCAAAAAUUGAUGAGAAACGUAAAUUUCAGGUUGGAAGACAUGAAAAAAGAGACGAAAAUCGAUGAACGCAUUGUCGAAAUGGAUAGACGAUCAGCAUUUUUUGAAGCGAUGUGACUUUUUUUAAAUGAUUAUUAAAAAAAAACGAAUUUUCUAGGGAGGUAAGUACGUUGGAAAUGUUGAAAGAGUACCGGAAAUCGAAGAAGAAGACGGCUCUCCUCUUGGAAACGAUGUAAAUUUCAGAAAACUUGAAUUUUUUUCCGGUUUUUUUGGCAGGAAAAAAAGAAAUUCAUACUCGAGCUUUUAUAUAGUCGAUUCUGGGCCAUCUUGGGACGUAAAGGGGCGUGGCCUACCUGCGCUCUCCGCGAAUUAAGCGCUAUUUCUUCUUUAACGUGUCAGGACCAAUUUUUAGAUUAAAAAGUGGUGAAUAAGUUAUUUUUUCAUUAAUAAAGCGAUUUAUAUGAAAUUACUUUUUCAGUGGAGUCAAGAAGCAAUAAACAAUCUUAAAAGUAUUAUAGACAGACUAUCAGAAAACAUAAUGGGUUUGAAUUUGUUUUUCCCGCCAAAAAAGUCUGUUUUCUCUGCGCUCUCUUGUGUCUAUGACGAAUCCGAUGAGAGAGAAGAGAGCCCAGACACGUUAGAUAGUUCAAAGAUGAAAAUGAAAUUUAAUUUUUUCAGCGUAGAAGAAACAGUCGAUCCUGAGGUCCUGCAGAGGGUUACAGAGAUGAUUUUGAGGUUUGAAGGGUUUUUUUUUCAUUGUUGGCCGCAUUUGGAAUGGCUCAAAGAGUUUUCAACACUUUCCAAGCCGUUUUAGGUCGGGCGCAAGUUUUUUUUCGAAAAGUUGAGAUAUUCCAUAUUUAGUAACGCCAGAGUGGUCCCUGGAUGGGUUGGGCGAAAAGUAGUCCCUAUAAGAAAAAUGGUUCUCCCUUUAGGGGUAAAAUUAGGUGGUUCCAGAAGAAGCUUAGGGACUGAUUUAUGAGCCUUUUAAGUUCAAGUAAUACCUAUAGAGUUUUUUGAUCUUUUUUUUUCUGACUUGAAAGCUAAAAAGACGUACAGGACUCACUAGAGGCCCCUUUUUAGUGGCUACUAUCUAAAAGCCCUAGAGUGGCCACUUCUGCAAGCUUCAGUGCCACUAUAGGUGACGUUAGGUGUUUCAUAGAAGGUAACCUAGAACAGCCCUCAAGGUUGCCCCUCUAAAGACCACUCUAGGGACCACUCUGGCACGUUGAAAGUUAAAAAAUUUUAUUUUCUUGUUUUCAGUGAUCAAUUGAAACUGAACAAAGUCAUUUCGACCCAAGAAACAGCCACCCAAACGAGAAAACCAGUUGCAGUAGUGGAAGAAGGAUCUCAAACGGUGUACGGGUUUGAAAUUGUCCCUAAAAGAAGGGCUUUUGGGUCUGGAUUUUUGUGAAACUUGGUCAGAAUACUCCUUGAUGUACCAGGUGAAAGCCCUGAAGGUCUAAACCUGCGAAAUUCCCGUUUUUCCAGAAAUAGGGUCUUGAAAUGGUCAAUUUUAACCCUUUUCUUCGAAAUUUGGGUGCUUUUUCUUGGAAAAAAAAAAUUUAUUUUCGGCCAAUUUUCUCCUCGAUGUGAGAGAUGAAAGUCCUGAAAAUCUGAAACUCCGAAAUUCCCUAUUUUUAGAAAAAAAGGGUCUCAAAAUGAGCCAUUCUACGAUUUUUUAAAAAGUUUUUUUCCUCGAAAAAAAAUGAGAAAAAUUGAAAUUUGACAAAAAUCGACUCUGAAACUUGGCCAGAUCAUUCAUUGAUGUACAAAAAAAAGUUCUGCAAGUCUCAACUUGGAUAAUUCACUAUUUUUCGAGAAAUACUUCUGUCAAAAUAGGUUGUUUUAAGGGUUUUCGUCAAAUUUUAGGUCUUUUUUGUAUUGAAAAUUUGAGAAGUUUGCAAUUUUUAUCAAGAUUUGGCUCUCAAUUUGGUACAGCAUAGAAUGAAUUGACUAUUUCAAAAAAAAAUCCAGGCGGCAGAGUUAAAUUUAUUUAUCAGAAAAUCAGGAACUAUUAAAUUUCUGUUUUUAGUGCUGAGCCGAACCAAGAAAUGGCAACUCAAACGGAUGAAAAACGCGAGAAAGUGUAAAUUGCAUUUUGGAAAGUUUAUUAUUCGAAAAUAUAUUUCAAUUUUUCAGCUCCGCCACUCAAACAGACGCGCCAUAUCCGAUUAUUGUCGAAAAACUCGAGAAAAGGUAAGUUUCGAACUGAUGAAACGCUAGAGUGGUCCCUAGAGGGGUCAGGCGACAAAAUAGCGCUCCCUAUAGGAGUUUAAGGCCUCGUUUUGGAGCUCCAAAAUCUUAAGUGGUCCCUAUAGUGAUCUUUUGAAUUUUUGUACUGCUUCGAUAGUUUAAAAAAUGUGUAGGUACCGCUACUAGGCUCCCCUAGAGUGGCUACUUUUGCAAGCUCUGGAGCCCCCUUAUAAGCGGAGGUAAAGUGGUCACUAGAGGGGUCAGGGGAAAUACAGCCCCCAUAGGGGACAAAAUAGUGCUUCCUAGAGGGAUAAGAUUAAGGUGGUUCCUAUGAAAGUUCAGGGUUUAGUAUCUAAGCUCCAAAAGCUUGAGUGGGCCCUAUAGAGAUCUUAAAAUUUUUUGUUCGGAUUUGGAAGUUAAAAAAGACGUCUAGAGACUACUAAAAGGCGCCCCUAGAGUGGCCACUUUUGCAAGCUCUAGUGCCCUCUGUAAAGAAAGUUAAGGUGUGCCCUCAAAGUUGCCCCUCCAGGACCACUCAGGGGCUUCUAAGAUUAUGCCUUUUCAGGUCAGAACUGAAGCUGGAAACCUUGAGAUUGUACCAGAAUUUCGGCGUUCAAACUGCUGACGAAAAAAUGUAAAUUUUGUUUAGUUUCUAAGGAAAAAUUGAUUUUUCAGUCCUGAGAAGCAAGAAAUGGCCACGCAAACGGAGGAAGAGGAGGAAGAAAAUCUUGAAAGGUAAAAAAAAGAUACUGGGCUCGAAAAAGACUGUAGAUACGUCUGAAUCUCUCCAUUUUGCAAUUAUUUUGCUCAAAUUUCUUCUAGUCAUCAAUGAAUGAACUAUGGUCGAUUUACUGCGGCUUCGUGCCAGUUUUUGAAGAAUUCUAAGGGUUUUUUGAAAAGGGAAAUCGUGUGUGAAAAUGAGAGGUUCAUAAGUUCUACCGUACCGUAACCUAGACUUUUUUUAUACAAUUUACUGGUUUUUUUUUCUGGAAGAAAUUAGGAACUUUUUUUUUCGCUCCGUAUCAAAGUGAGCUAAGAUUUUGGCUGCCCAUCAACAUUAGAACUUGUAGUUCUUUGCCAUGAUAAAUUUCAAAGUUCUCUGAUCUCCCUGUACCCUUUUUUCUCUCUCCACUUCAUUUUUUUUUUUUGAAGCGAGAGAGAUGAGAGAGCGCAGGUGCGUCAGACAGUUUCAAGGUGCGAUAAUUGAAUUAAUGAAAUUAAGGAGUCAAAGAAGAAAAUGUAGCUCCAGUAGCGAAGUCAGCGAGCAAUCGGAUGAAGAAGAGGAGCUAUACAGGUAAGGGUCGCAAUUGGAAUGGCUUGAAGGCGUCGCGGUUGCGUUGCGGUUCACCAACCAGAAUUUGGAAUGGUUGAAAGGCGUCGCGGUUGCGUUGCGGCUGUCGAACCAGCAUUUGGAAAGACUUGUAGGCGUUGAGGCUGCGUUGCGGUUGCCGAUUCCGCAUGUGGAAUGGCUUAACGGCGUCGCGGUUGCGUUACAGCUGACGAAACAGCGCUUGGAAUGACUUGAAGGCGUCGCGGUUGCGUUGCGGUUGUCAAAUCCGGAUUUGGAAUGGCUUGAAGGCGUCGCGGCCGCGUUGCGGUUGACGAACUAGCAUUCUGAAUGGCUUGAAGGCCUUGCAGCUGCAUUGCGGUGAUCAAACCCGUAGUCAAAUCUACUCUUGGAAGGAAUCGAAAAGCGUCGCCGUUGCCGAGUUCGCAUUUGGAAUGGCUCAAAGGUGUCGCGGCUGCGUUGCGGUUGACGAACCGGCAUUUGGAAUGGCUUGUAUGCGUCGCGGUUGCGUUGCUGCUGUCAAACCAGCACUUGGAAUGGCUCAAAGGCGUCGCGAUUGCAAUGCGACUGUCGAACCAGCAGUUGGAAUAGCUCAAAGGCGUCGCGGGUGCGUAACAGUUGUCAAAAUAGCUUGCUCGCAUGCUUAUCGAUGCAGUUGCGCGCAAAUCGGUUCUGGCCGAGUGCUGAAGUUUCCAUUUUGUACUAGAGUCAUUCCACGCGAAUUACAGUUGAUUUAUAUAAGGCGUAUAAAGUUUAAAAAAUUGAGCCUUUUCAGUGAUGGAGAGGAACCCGAAAGCCAACCGAUGAACCAAAGAGAACAAUAUGAAAUUAUCCAGAGGUAAGAAAAAAACUUAAAAGUGUUAUAUUUCUAUAUAGUGGUCUCUUUAGUAUUAUGCACUUCAUCGCCCUUUGAUCAUAGAUAUGAAAUUCAACAAAUUUUUUUCGAAAAAAACUUUUUUUAGAUAUUUUUUUCUUUCAAAGUUUCAACUUCAUCUCGUAAUCCGUUGUAUUAUCGAUUUUUUAGACUUGAAUUAUCGAGUUUUAUUUUAGACUUUACGACGUUCAAUCGCAAAACUAUGAAGUGAUAGAAAAAUGCCAAAAGCUCGAGGAUGAAUUGAAAAAUAAGUUUGUCACGUUUCUUUAGCUUUCACACAAAAAGUUAUAUUUUUCAGGACGGCCGAGUGUGAGACGAAAGAUCGGGCUAUUGAGAAGGUCCUCGAAAAUAGAAAUUAUUUUUUAACGUAGAUUUUUUUCCAGUUGAAACGCGAAUUCGUCAAGUUUUCCAAGGAUAUCAUUGAUAUGGCCACGAUGUCGUACCGUCGUUUCAAUGAGAAGUAUGAUUAUUUAAGAAUUUUAGGAAAGGUUUCGGUCAUUAGAGGAUUUUUUUAGAUUGGCUUAAAAAAAGGCUUACAGACUUUCUUUCAUUAGAUUGAGGUGAAUAUGAGGUUUUAUCAUUUUUUUAAAAAAAAAACAGUUUUCAAACCUGAAAACCUUUUAUAAUCAAUAAAAUUGUUCUCCUCGUUAGCUUGAAGAAAUUCGGUUUUUAUAGAAAAAUGGGUUAUUUUUUCACGAUUUGAAACGUUUUAAAAGGUUUGUGGAUUUUUUUGAAGCUCACGGUAAAAAUUUCCGAGUUUUGAGCUUUUUUGAAGGUUUUCAAAGGCUUUGAAGAUUUUGAAAUGGGAUGUUUGAACUAUUUUUUGAGAGAAAUUUGAAUUUCUAGUGCUUGAGAUGGAAUUUCUGAAUUUUUCAGCAAUUUCGAAGUAAUUUUUUGAUUAUUUGAGGCCUAGAAUGGGAAUUUUUUUUUUCUUGAGCUGUUUCAGAGAUAUCUAGAUAGGAUUUAGAAGUUCUUAAAGCCUGAAAUGGAAAUUUUGAAUUUUUUUUUCCAAAAGUUCAGUGCUCUUUCUUUUCAUUUGGUAGUAAAUUAGAUGAAAACCAACGGUUAGACCUUUAAAAAAAUUGAUGAAAUUAGGGUUAAGAUACCUUUUUCUAUUAUACUUUUUGACACUAGCCUCUUUGAGACCUUGGUUUUUGUUUUGAAUUUUCAUAUCACCUUCUAUUUUUUUUUCCAGUCAAAACUUCCCCUAUAUUCCAAAAGACGUAUUCUCAUUGCUGGAUACGGUAAAAGGCGAUAUCGAUCAAAUUGGAUCUCGUUCCCGGGCCAUUCUCCAGAAAUUCUCCGAAUUGGUCCGAGUUUUUCGGAAAAUUGAAUUAUUUUUCCGAAUUUAGAGCCGCAAGAAAGUUGAACCAGAUGUUCCAGCGGAAAGUCCCGAUGAGAAGAAGAAGCUCGAUCUGAAGAAAAAGGUUUUCCAACCGUGAAAAAUGAUAAAAUUUUGAAGUUUCCAGGAACUGGAACGCUCUCGCCAAACGUUGAAAGUCGCCGAGGACAGCCUCGAAAAUUUGAAAUUGAUUAUGAGAUGGUAAAAAAAAGCUCAUAGAAACACUUGAAAAAAAUACGCUGUUUUUAAAAAAAUUGUAAAAAAAUGGAUUAGGUUGGAGAAAGGGUGCUCUAUUGAGAAUUUGAAAAAAAGUCAUGAAAAUUGGUUUUCAUCGAAAAGUGAAUGCUUUUUGGCGUGAACAUUAUCUAAAAAGAGGAAAAUAGACUGAUUUUUCUGAAUUUUUUUGAUUGGUUAUAAGAUGGUUAAAAAGUUCAUAAAAAAACACUUUAAAACAUCUGAAAAAAAUUUUUCAAAAAAAUGAAAUAAGUUAAAAGAAAGUGUGCUCUGUUGAGAAUCCGAGAAAAAUUCAUGAAAGUUGGUUUUUAAGGAAUAAUUAGUGUUUUUCGAGUUCAAAAAAAUAAGAGAAAUCCAGAAAAGAAGCCCAACAGUUAGUGGUGAAUGGACCAUGAUGGAUUGCUUUUUUUGAAAAUCUUACUUUCGGACUUUUCUUCGCAAAACUUCUCAAAAGACGUUUUUAAGACUUUUGCUUCUGUUAUGAAAAAAAAAAACAAGAUUUUCUGGAUCAAAAAUGAUAAUAAUAUUAUAGAAAAACUAUAGAGAGAAGCCCAAAAGUAAGUUGUGAAUGGGCAACAAUGCGUUGGUAAUUUUUUGCAGAUCAUUUUCAAAUUUUUGGUUUCACAAAACUUUUCAGAAAUUAGAAAGGGGUUUUUUCAGUCUGAAAAGCGAGAAUAAUGCCGUGAAAUGGAGACUCCAACUGAUGUGCUGUGAUAUUGAAGCGGUGGCCGAAGUCUGUCGACGAAACGUCGCCUCGUUUUCGAUUCCGGUUCAGUUUUCUGCCAUUUUUCUCUUUUUUAAACAGUCCUAUUUGCUCUGUAAUGAUUUUUAAGGCUACUGGAAGCGUUUUAGGCUGCUAAAUCUGAGACUUUCUUCUGCGCCGGACUUUUAACAGCUUUUGACAGCAAAAGCGAGGGACGAGGGAAAAUGUAGAGAGCGUUAGAGAAAAAGCUUUUUUCUGCGCCCGACUUAUAGGAGUUUAUUUGGAGUGAUAGAUAAUGGAAAACGAAGAGAAUUAGAGAAGUAGAGUCUCAUUUUGACUUUGAUGACUUCUCCGAAGAGUAGAGACAACAGAAAACGAGGAGAAGGUUAGACAAUGAGCUUUUAACUGCGCCCGACUUAUAGGAGUUUUUUAUAGGAGCUAUAGAUAGAGGAGAACGAAGAGAAUUAGAGAAACAGAGCCUCAUUUUGAUUUUCAUAACUUCUCCGAAGAGUAGACACUACAUAAAACGAGAAGAGGGUUACAGAAAGAGCUUUUUAGUGCGCCCGAUUCUCAUGAGCUUGUCAGAAGCGAGAGACAUCAGUAGAUAGAAUAGAGCUGCGCGAAAACCGCAAAUCGUCGGGUGCAAAUGAAACCGCUUUGCAACCGUUAAUUUCCGAGCCAUUCUACAUGCAGCCAAGCUCAUUUUCCCUCUUUCAGUUCGACGCCGAGCUUGAAAAAUUGCCUGAAUUCCCGACAAUCAGCGAAGAUGACGUCAUGCGCAUCUAUAAUCACUUUUCAAGUGAAAUUUAUUUCAUACUUCAUUCGCAAGGGCUCGAAACAGUCUGACUUGUCUGCGUCUCUUUUCUCUCACCGAUAGGGUUUAAAAAAAUGAAAAUAGCAUGAGGAAACGGAAAGCGAAGACCGGCAGUCAAAAAAUGGCUCCAAUCUUUUUUAAGUUAAGAAGCUGUACCCGACUUUUGAGUCUGAAACGAGAGAUAAGGGAAAGUAGAGAGAGUUAGAGAAAUAGAUUUCACUGACUCUCAAAAUAUUUGUCAAUGUCAAGGUUCUACAGAAAACAGAGAGAAUUAGGGAAAUAGACCUUGAUUUUGACUCCUACAAAUUCAGCGAAAGCUAGAGACAACAGAAAAAGAGGAGAGUGUUAGAGAAGCAUAUCUCUAUUUCAAGUCAUUGUGAAUGGACUAUAGGCAAAAAUGUCCAUUUUAUCCCAACUUUUCAGGCUCCAAUGAGGAAAAGCCCCUGAAACCGCCGCCGGUCAAGAACCUGGUCGAGAAUAAAAAGCCCCUGAAAACCAAGGGUCCCACCAAAUGGAAACCCAUCGAGGAGAAGAAACCUUUGGUAUUUGUGAAAAAUGAGGGAGAAAGAAGUAUUUUCGUCUCUCAGAACGUUGAGAGGAACGAGGAUUGCGCGAUUUGCUUCGAAUCUUUGAAAGGAUCCCGGGUUUUCCAGUGCGAACACUGCUGCCAGUUCACUCAUCAUGAGGUGAGAAGGAAGAGGUCCCUAGAGGGGCGUAGGGACACUUGAGGGUCCAGGAACCUUAUCUCCCCUAUUUGGGUCAGUAAAGCUUGCAGAAGUGGUCACUCUAGGGAGCUGCUAGUCGUUCAUUUUUAUUAAAUCCCUUAAAAGAAGCAUUUACAGGCGUAAAAUUCAAAAAAUCAGCGUUUUUGGAUGAAAAAUAUGAAAAAAAUGUCUAAUCGAUCAAGUUCGCCUGAAAAAUUACAGAGGGACCCCUUUAGGGUUUUUUAUUUUGGGACCACUAUAGGGACAAAUUUAUCGGCUUUUUAUUGAAAAUUCGUCUUUCUAACUUACAAAUCAGAAAGAGAAAUUAAUAGGCCCCUGUAGAGACCACUUGAGCUUUAGAGAGAUCAGCGAAAAACCAAAAAAAAAAUGGCGAUUCGUUUUAUCCAUAAAGCAACUUUACCGCAAGAUGCACUUUUGGCGAAAAUUCAAAAUUUUUUUUAUCCUUCUUUAAAUUUUUUUUUCGACUAUUAAUUUUCAAUAGAACUUUAACACGGAUUAAAAAAAGCUCUAUAAAACGGAAUUUUUUUAUUUUGAACCUCAUUUAUGCCUUUAAAGUUUCAUUUUCCCGCCAAAAAGGGCUCCGUGGUCUCUGCCACAGUAUAAUCUGUUGAAUGCCAAGGAGCUAACUCCACCUCUGUGGUUACUGUACUUUUCGCGUCGAUGUUUUAAAACGCGAGGCAAUGAUCCUUUAUUAACGCUGCAUUUUUCGACUGUUUUUCGAGCUCUUGGAUCGAAAAAGGUCAGAAAAGAAGCACUAUCAAAAGGUCAUCGACGCGAAAAGGUACGGUAAGGGGCGGAGCUAGCUUUAAUAUUUCGAAAAAUCGACUGACAAAGCUUUCAGUGUAUCGUCAAAUGGCUGACCGUUUGCCGAAGUUGCGUUACUUGCCGUGGUCAUAUCAACGAUCUCGAUGAAUUUCCUCGUCUUAAAUAAUUUUUUUGUUUGUUCCUGUCAAAUUUCAGUGAUUUAUCCCCGGAAAACAUGUCUUCAUGUCUAUAUUGAAUGUGUAUGUUAAUAGUGAGUAGUACACUGUACAAUGUUCGUUUUAUUCGUGUGCUGUUUUUGCUAUAGUCAAUCCUUCCCGACUUGAAAGGCGAAAUGGAUAGAUUGACAAGGGUAAGGCGUUGCGUAUGCGACGCGGCUUCAUGGCGGGAAACUCGAAGCAAAACCAUUUUUAUCGUUUUCUGACAGUUUUUCCAUAACUUUUAAUGUUGAUGGAUUUUUAAAGAACUAUUUGAAUGAAUAAAAGUAUAGAAAAAUAUUUAAAAAAAAACAUUUCUCUAACUUUUUUUCAUUAUAGAGUUUGACCUCAAGUUCCCCACCAAGAGCCGCGUCGCAUACGCAGCGCGUCUACCCAUUUCGCCUUCCAAGUCGGGAAGGAUCGACUAUAAAUGCAAUUCGGUUUCUGUUGUUCUUUUCUAAUGGUUUAAUUUCAGAGAAAUGGGUAUAAAAUUUGUUCAAAAUAAUUUUUGGGUUGAAAAUUCUUGAAAGACCUUUCAAUUAGGUUCCAAAAAUGAUGACUGAAAGUGCAAAAAGCCCUUUUUUGCAACAAAAACGAAAAUUGGCCAAAGUUCAACUCUGAAACAACGAGGCGGUUUUUUAGGCUCUUUUGCGCUCCCUUGAGAAAAGUUCAUUUUUGGGAUUUUUCGGGCUUUUUUGAAAAUUCUUCUGCUUAUUCUCAUAGAGAAAGGUUUUCAUAUAUUUUCGGGAAAAUAGUCGAAUAUGGAUUAUCUAGAUAGUUUAAAGGCGCAAAGCGGUGUCAGAAAAUGGGUCUUACACAUUUGAGCUUCUCCAGGGAGGUAUUAUAUAUAUUUUUGACUUUCAAAAUAAUGUUUAAAAUCUUCAUUAUAGAAAAAUGGUUUUCGACUUAUCUAAAAUAGACUUUGUUGGAAAUUUACUUGUAUAUGAACCAACUAGGAAGUUUAAAGGCGCAGGGCGGGGUCAGAAAAUAGAUUUUGUACCUUAAAUUCCUUUAGAAGCAUGAAUUAGAAAAAUUGGUUCUUGAUUUCUUGAGAAUAAGACCUUGUUUGCACCUCCCCUAGCUUCCCUUAUAUCAAUUAAAGAUGAAGAAAUGAUAAUUGAUAAUUAAUUGACUACCGUAAUCAGUCUCCUCAUGUGACGAAGGUCAUUGAUGACCUCACAAGUAAAUUAGUGGAUAAAUACCCGGCCUUUUUCUCAUUUUAUCCGUCGGAAAUGGCUGAGGUGAUGUCUGUGAAGUACGACUACUGCUAUCCCGUUUCGGAACUCAAGGUGAGGGUUUUGAAACGAAAUUUCGACCUUUUUGGAACCAAAAUGAACUGUUCUGAGCACCUUUUUAGAACCAUAAUGAACCCUUUGAAGUACCUUUUUGGAACCAAAAUGGACCCUUUGAAGUACCUUUUUGAAACCGAGAUGAAUCAUUUUGAAGCACUUUUUUUGAACCAUAAUGAAACCUUUGAAGUUGCUUUUUGAACCAAAACAGACCCUCUGAAGCAAAUUUUAGAACCAACAAUUGGAACUUUUUGAACCAGAAUGAACCCUUUGAAGCAACUUUUACCAAAAAUAAAUCUUUCGGGGCAACAUUUCGGGCCAAAAUGAACCUUUUGCAGCAAUUUUCGAUUUCUCGGAAAAAGUCCGAGGUUUCUUCAAAAAUGAUCUAAUUAUUCAGGGAUACCUGGCCGCCAUGAAUUGGACGUCUAUCGUUCUAUUUUCGGCUUCGGUUGCCGCGUUUUGGAUAAUUCGCGUCGCCUCGCCGCCUCAAAUGGGCAAUUUCAAGUGGCUGCUCUUCCUUCAGCAGUUUUGGUCAGUUUUCGCCUAGCUAAGAAGUUAUGAAAAGGUAUUUCGAGGGGGUUUCUUAAUCUUUGUUCAAAUUCAAAAUUUAUAGAGGAGUCCUCCAUUCAAAAACAGUAAUCAACGUCCCUUGGCCAUACUUUUCGAAAGAAGUUCAGGUUAUUCAAUGUUCCAGGACUUUGAACAACGACAUCGCCUUUUCCUGCCUCUCGACUCCGGUGAUGUACCUUCCGGCCGUUGCCGGAUUCCCUGCUGGGGUUCUUCAUUGGUUCCGGGUCCCUUCAAUUUAUCAGUUCUAUUUUUUGAAUGGCUCUCUUGGAGGUUGGUUCGUAGGGACUAUCAAAAAAAAACAUUUUUUAUCUUGAGAUCUUAAGAAUUUUACGGACAUUGUGAAAGACCGCAAGUUAGUCACAAAAGUUCACUAGGUUACUGUACGACCUUGUUUUUCGCGUCAAGACCCUUACUCAAAUCAAGUGAGUCGAAAAAAUCGCGUUUGUCUAUAUAAUCAGCCGCUAUUUUUCCACGAAAAUCGAAUAGGUUACUGUAUUUUUCGUCACAGGACCUUUACUAUGAAUAACUAUAAUAUUCUUGUGCCAAGAAAAAAAAAGAAAGCUUCGAUAUCGCAGCCUCAUUUUUAAGAAGUUCGUCACAAAAAAUUGGUGGGUUACUGUAAGUCCUUUUUUUUCGGGUCAAGACCCUUAAUUUUGCCAACUGGGUAUAACAAUAAAAAAUCGAAUUCAUCUUGAAAAAAGGAAAAACUUCAUCAUCAUAAUCUCGUUUUGAUAGAAAAAAACAUAGUUUACUGCUAAUUUUUCACAAAAGUGUAAUAGAUUACUGUAAGAACUUGUUUUUCGUGGCAGGACCUUUUUUCCAUAUUUUGCCAAUUGAAUAGUGCAAAAUGCUUUUUUAUUCCUGCUAAAACAAUAAAUGAAGUUUGUUGAUUAAUCUUUCGCUUUCCCAGGAAAUAAUUUCGUAAAACUGUAGACGAUUAACCGAGUAUUCAUCAAUUAACCUUUAAUGUCCCUUUUUAUUCUUGAAAAUGAUUUUGUUAAAUGAUAGGUGAUCAUAUAGGGAAUUAGAGGUAAAAUUCAGGUUUUUUAAAGUUUUAAUUAAUUGAUCCAACUGAGGGACGCCAGGGGGCCCGUAGGGGUUAGGGGAAAAACAGCCCUUAAGGGGGAAAAAAUUGGUCCCUAUAGGGGUUUAGGCUCUCAACUUUAGGCUCUUGAAGCUUAAGUGGUCCCUCGAGGGAUUAGGGACGAACAUCCUUAUAGGGGACAGAAAAUGGGCCCCUAUAAGAGUCUUUUAUUUUUUGUUAUGCUUUGACCAGUUUUACAAGCUUUAGAGCCCACUGCAGAAGAAGGUACGGUGGUCCCUAAAGGGACACCUUCAAGAAUCCCUAAGGUUGCUUCUAUAGGGACCAAUCUGGCGCUCCUAAGAGUAAAAGCUAAAAAAAACUCCUCCACUGUUUUUCCAAAAGUUUUUGCUCACCAAAAAAGGUCAAAGUUUUUUGUAGCGUGCAUUUCCGGUCACAUCAACUAAUAAGAACGCAACAUUUUUCGAGGAAAUGACAUCAAAUUGUAUGUUUUUUUCAUUACGGAAGUUUUCGGAUGAAAAUUGGCCUUUUUUCGAUUAGGAAACGGAAAUAAACAAGUUCGUUGAAAACGUGAUAAAAGUCUUGGAAAGGAUUUUGAAAAAGGUAGUAAAAAUUAUGAGGAAUAAUUUAAUCGAAAUUCAAAAAAAAAUUCAGUGAUAGACUAAAUUUUCGGACAAUGCUUUGAACAAAAAAUUCAAUUCCUCGAAAUUCCUUCCUUUUUUUCGAAAUUAGCAUUGGGGCGCAUUAGUUCGAGCUCUCCGGCGGCUAUUUUUUUCUUAUAACUUUCUGUCAAAUUUUCGAAAUUUCUUUUCUGAACUUUCACUGAAGAAAAAAAGUCGCAAAUAAAUUCCAUUUUAAGAUGUUCUUUUCUUGAAUAAAUACUCAGAUUUUUUUUUUUGGGAGAUUAGCAUUGGGGCGCAAUAGUUCGAGCUCUAUCGCGCCUGUUUUUUCAGAAGCUCCUGCCAGAUUUUCAAAAUUUCUCUUUUGACCCUCACUGAAUAAAAAUAGGUACAAUAAGUUUAGAAAUUUUUUUAUAAAUAGCCAGAUUCUCUUUUUUUGGGGGAGAUUAGCAUUGGGGCGCAAGAGCUCCAAGUCUAUAGUGGCUAUUUUUUUGAAAAAAAGUUGUGGAAUUUUUUUAAAGUUUUUCUCUCAAAGACUCAUUUAAGAAAAAAAGUCGUAAAUAAGUUUUUAUUUUUAGGAAUAGCCAGAUUUUUCUCUUUUUUGGGAAAUUAGCAUUAGGGCGCAAGAGCUCCAGAUCUAUCGCGGCUAUUUUUUCAAAACUUCAGGAUUUUCUGAAAAAUUUCAUUCAAAAACUAUCUGAACAAAAAGCCGAAAAUGAGUUCAUUUUUUAAGAUAAAACGAGAAUUUUUUCAGUUCUAUCAUCCCUUGGCCAUUUGUCAUUGAAUUUCAUUUUAUCUCGAUUUGAUUUCCCUCUCUUUUUUGAAAAAUAUCAAUGGGGCGCAUUAGAUCCAGCUGUGUCGCGGCUAUUUUUUCGAAACUUCCUGCCAGAUUUUCAAGAUUUUCUUUUAAAGACUACCGAAAAUAAGUUCAUUUUUAAGAUCCGACGAUAAUAUUUUCAGUUCUAUCGGUCUCAUCACUCUCCCUGUUCUUCAUGCGACACCAGGCGAUCCUGCCUAGUGAUCAUUUUGGGAAACUCAACGACAACAUCAGAAUAACCCUGAUUUUUGUUCACUAUCUGUUCUUCGCCAGCUACCUUGCUCCCAUUCAUGUCCUCAAGCAGAAAGAUGACUUUACGCUCAAAUUUGAGCUCGUCAGGGUGAGAAAUUUUUCUUCUGAUCUGAAAGAAAACUGAAGAAAAAUCCCUUGUCAUUUCCAAUAGAAGAAUUUGACGAGAUAGUUUGAAUUAUCUGUGACUUGGAAGCUCAUGACCGCACGUAAAAUGGCUCAGCAAGGCGGUUUUUUCGAGGGGUCCCCGACUCAAAACGGCUUGCGCGCUUAGGCAUCGAGGAACAUUGAAGAAACAAUUUAAUUAUAGAGUAGCUUUGCUGUUAGACUCGAUUCUAACGGCAAAGCUUCAAACCAUUCCAAAUGCGGCCCUGAUUUUCUAGCCGGGAUGAGUCGAAAAUAUCGGAGUUUAUAAAAUUUUAAUAUUUUCAGCUUUUUACUUCGUUCUUUUUAGCUUAAUUUGUUUUUUUAAUAUUUCUUUAAAAAAAGUACUUUUUUUGGUGGUCAGUUCCUAGUCAACUUUUUUUCUGAAGGUUUACCAAUUUUUUAAAAAUUUUUCAACUGAAGUUUGACGCUGUUAGUGUAUUAAAAAAAAUUUUUCAAAAAGAAAUUACAAUAAAAGGCAGAGUUUCGAUCUUCAAAGGGAUUUUUCCAUUUUUUUAAAUUUUUCAAUUGAAACUUAAAGUUUCUAACUUUUGUGUUUUAAGAGAAAAAAUGUUUUUAAGAGGAUGAAUCAUAUAAAAACAGCCCUUGAUUGAUUAAUUUCACGGUGAUUUCACGAAAGUUCAGCUCAAGAUGGUACUACAAGGAUAAUUUUUUUAUUCCGAAGAUUACUGUAUACGAAAGUCCGCAUUUGGCGCGCGCGUGUUUGCACAUUUUCAGUAGUACCGACUUCGCUUGUUCUAAAUUUUGUUGAUAUUGAAUUAAAUGAACUAUAGUGAAAGUUUGAAUUAAAUCAACUAUUUAUUCUGACUCGGUAUGAGACAAAAACUAAAAAUAUUCAGAUAAAAAUAGAAAGAAAUGGAAAGGACAACUAAAAAUGUGCAAACACGCACACGCCGAACGCAGACUUUCACAUACAGUACUCCUCGAGAAAAGAAAACCCGCUCUUGUCGUAGUACCCAGCUCAAACUCUUUUUCGUUCAAUUCAGAAGCUCGGGUGCAUCCCGCCGGGUCUCUACACGGAAGACGUCGUGAUGAUGACCGAGUCCCGGAUCGGAUCCUCGCAUCAUUAUUUCGGGAUCGCCGCCGCCUAUCUGACCGUCCUCGGACUGUUCUUCGUCGCCCACUCGUUCUACGUGAUCCGCACCAGGAAGCCUCUGACGUCCGUGGCGACCAGCAAGAAGCAGCUCUACUUUAUGGCCGCUCUCAGCAUACAGGUUCAGGGACGCUUAUAGUCAAUGUUUCCCGACUUGAAAUGCGAAGGAGGCGGGGAAAGGGGCGAGACGCGUAGCGUGUGCAUACCCGUUUUUUGGCCCGAGUUCAAUUCAUUUGCCGCCGACUAUUUGAAAAGCUCGGCAACCGCUCUUUUUCAAUGUUUUUUACUAUUUUUUGAUGCACACAUGAACAUAAAAAAAUUGAAAAAGAAAUGAAAAAAAAAAGCGAAAAACGCGCUUUUCAAAGAGUAGAUGGCGGUUGAAUUGAACACGUGCCAAGAACCGCUAGCGCACACGCUACGCGUCCCGCCCCCUGCCCCGCCCCCCUCGACUUUGAAGUCGGGAAACAUUGACUAUACAAAGAAGGUGUUUUGACUUUUUAGUUGGGAAUUUUGUGAAGAUUGGCUAGAAGGCUCCUUGAUGUACCAGAAGAAGAUUCUGGAAGUUCUCCUAUUUCCUAGAAAUAAGGGCUCAAAAUUGGCCUAUUCUCACAGAUUUUCAGUUUUCUUUGAAUUUGAGGUGUCCUUUUUUCGAAAACUAGGAAGUUUUGAAGGUUGAGACUUUCAAAAAUCAUCACCUGGUACAUCAAGGAGUCUGGCCAUUUUUCAGGAAAGUCCUAACUAUAAAGUAAAAUGACCUUCCUUUUAAGGAACGUGGCAUGUCUGUGCUCUCCAACCAUCAGACACUCUCUCUUCUAUUUCGUGUCAGGACCUUUUUUUCGAUGGCUCAAGCCAAUCGUGUAUGGCGUGGCUAUGAAAAAAGAAAUUUCGUGUUUGAAUUUUAAAAAAAAUUUUUCAACGCUAUCCCACGAAAAAUCUUGUUGAAAGCAAUAUGGGCGAAUUUUUCGAAAAUUCUUAUUCGAAAUGAAUUAUUUCGAAUUUUGAGUACGAUGACGUCAUAAUAAAAGCUCUGUAGAUGGCUCGCGCUCUGAUGGGUUUAUCGCGUAAUGAGGGGCGGAGCUUUGGCUUUUCGAAUCUGAACAGACUGUAGAGCACGAAGCAAUGUUGAAUUCUGAUCCGAGGGAUCACUUAAAAGAAGAUAACACCACUUAAGUGACCGAUAGAGAGCUCAAAGUUGUCCGAAAAGCGUUACCUAGAAUUUUCCCAAAAACCCUUUUCUUUCCCGAGAAUCGAGGAAUUUCAGGUAGCCAUCCCAAAUGUUGCCAUAUUACUUCCCUACAGUGUCAUGCUGUAUGGAGAUUAUAAUCAAGGUAUACAUUUUUUCAAGGAAUAUUUAAUCUACGAGAAUCUUUUGUUUGGCGUUGAGGAAAAAUCGUUGCAAAUUUUGAAAAAUUUGAUUAUAUAAAAGUAAGAAUAACCUGAAAAUAACUCUAUUGGCCACUUAAGAGAUUUCUCGAAUACUUGGAGAGGACACUAAAGUGGCCACUAAAACCACUUCUAUAGAAGCGCCUUAGUGGCCACUUUAGUAGUUUUUGUGGCCUAGUAAUAGCACCUAGAGUUCUAAAAAUUUUAGCCAGUCAAGUGGUCACUAAUUUGUCUAUUUUAGUGGCCACUAAACGUCAAAACCCUAGAGAGAACACUGAAACCAUCACUAUAGAAGCCACUAUUUUUUCCCCAGUGGCCACUUUAGUGGUUUUAGAGGCCUAGUAAUAUCAUCUAGAGUUUUGAAAUUUUGGCCAGUCAAGACCAUUUUGUUCUACUUUAGUGGCCACUAAACGUCAAAACCCUAGAGAGCCCACUGAAACCAUCACUAUAGAAGCCACUAUUUUUCCACAGUGGCCACUUUAGUAGUUUUCCAUGGCCUAGGACCACCUAGAUUACUGAAAUUUUAGCGAGUCACUAAUUUGUUCACUUUAGUGGCCGCUUAAAAGUCAAAACCCUAAAGUGACCACUAGAACUUUUCCAAGACUUUUGAAUGUGCAAAUACUAUGAUAUAAAGUGAGUAAAGUAUGAGUAAAGUGUUCUGACACGAGCUCAUUUUAACCAUUUUCCCAGCCACCAACAACAUUUGCACCCUGUUCUCCACGUCCCACGGUUUAUUGGCCUCCAUCGCGAUGGUCGUCGUCCAUCCGCCCUACAGGAACUACGUCACUUCCAUCUUUCACAAAAAGAGUUGGUCCGAAUCAAAUUUCCUCAGGUUCACAGAGAAAUUUCAGGAGCAACUGUAUUUUCGAUGAACACCUUCGAGAGCAACUAUCCGGCUCACACAAAUGCAUAG